UUGUCAACAGCCUUACGGAAUAGUCGUAAAUUAACACCGCCCCUUCUAACAAUUUCAAUAAAUACUAAACAAAGAAUUAUAAGAAGUUACAAUCAAGGCCACGAUGAUAAGGAAUUUGUGAAAGUCCCUGCAGUUAUAAAUGAACAAGAUGACCACAAAUAUGAGGAAGAUAUUAAAAAGCGUAUUAUAUCGAAAGCUUUAGAUUUUGUUCCAUCAAAAGGGUGGUCAGUGGACGCUCUAGCUCAGGGGGCUGAGGCUGCAGGAUAUCCUGGCGUAGCUCAUGGCCUAUUUCCUAACGGUGGAGGGGAUCUGGUACAUUAUUUCAAUGUGUCAUGUAAUGAAAGACUGGUCAAUGAGAUGAAGAGCUGGCCGAAGGAAGAACUAAAAGGAAAUAAAGUCCCCGCGCAGAUGAUAGAGAAUGCUAUUAUAUCAAGGCUUUUGAUGAUUGAACCAUAUAAGAGUACAUGGCCUAAAGCAAUGGCUAUCCAAACUCUACCUAACAAUGUACCAAAUUGUCUAGCAACAUUGUUGUCUUUAGUAGACGACAUAUGUUACCACACAGGUGACCGCAGCGUGGAUUUCAAUUGGUAUGUACGUCGAGUGGGACUUGCUGGUAUUUAUAAAGCAUCAGAGUUGUUUUAUUUGACGGAUAACAGCCAAAAUUGUACUUCUACAAGAAAUUUUGUUAAAUCUCGCAUCAGAGACGCAGAAUUUAUACAGAUGGCGCUAAAUAUGAAUCCAGUGGCUGUUGCACCACAAACACUUACAGCAGCUUUUGUAACGGCAAAGAAUAUAUUAGGAAUGAACACAGUUAAAUGA